CCAAUUUCUUGUGCAUGGUGAUCAUGAGUACUUGGCAGCUCCCAAGACUCUAGCACCUGAUUUCAUUAUCUAGCCAGUAUCCCUUAAGCUACUGGUAUAUACCUUUUUUGGUCGAUAAAUGAUAUGACAGACAUCAAAACCUAACUGAAGAAUUCGUCAUAAUUCUCUCCAUGCAAAAACAAAGCAGUAAUCAGAACGGGAAGGAACAAGGCAAGAAGGAGAUCAUCAAAGACAAUAUGGCAGGAUCAGAUCAUCAUCAUGCAAAGGAUCAUGAAAAGCUGCCACCAGGGUUCCGAUUUCAUCCCUCAGAUGAAGAGCUAAUAACUUAUUAUCUCAUAAACAAGAUAUCGGAUGCUAAUUUUACAGGAAGGGCAAUCGGAGAUGUUGAUCUCAACAAAUGCGAACCCUGGGAACUUCCAGGGAAGGCUAAAAUGGGAGAAAAAGAAUGGUAUUUCUUCAGCCUGCGGGAUCGGAAAUACCCAACUGGAGUGAGAACAAAUCGAGCAACAAAUACAGGUUACUGGAAGACCACGGGGAAAGACAAGGAGAUCUUCAACGGCGAAACGUCAGAGUUGGUUGGGAUGAAGAAGACAUUGGUUUUCUAUAGGGGGAGAGCUCCCAGAGGAGAGAAAACCAACUGGGUCAUGCAUGAAUAUCGCAUCCACUCAAAAUCUGCCUUUAGAAAUACCAAGCAGGAUGAAUGGGUGGUUUGCCGAGUCUUCCAGAAGAGCGCAGGCACAAAAAAAUUCCCUUCGAACCAGUCAAGAGCUGGGCUGAAUCCCUACAACCUCGAAAUAGGUCAUCCCAGUGCCCUGCCAGUACCGCAAAUGAUGCAGCUGGGAGAUCCUGCGGGACAGUUCCAUUAUGGAAGGAAUUACGUGAGCAGUGCAGAACUAGCGGAGCUCACGCGGGUUUUCAGAGGCGGCGGAUCAACUAGUCAUGUCAACGGCCAGCUGCAAAUGCAACCCCAGUUAAACUAUCCGCCGCUUGGUGCUGGAGGAUGCUUCACAAUAUCAGGUUUAAAUUUGAAUCUUGGAGGUGGAGCAGGAACGUCUCAACCAGUUUUCCGGUCCAUGCCCCCAGCACCAGCACCAGCACCACCAUCUCUCGCAAUGAAUCAUCAUCAUCAACACGAUGUGUCUUCCUCCAUGAUGACUGGUAAUCCUCUUGCUGCUGAGACUUCAGGCUAUGGUACGGAAAUGAAUCAUGGAAACCCGCCCAGCAACAGAUAUAUGGGCAUGGAUCAUUGCCUGGAUCUAGAUAACUACUGGCCUCCCUAUUAAUGGGGGGGGAACAGGGAACGGAUCAAUGCGGGAUCAGCUAGCAAUUUAGUCUAGUUUUAUUAUUAUCAAUUUAGAAAGAAAAGACAAGGUACGGCAAUCGUACGUACGUAGUACUCUUACGAUCUGUUUCUGCAUGUUUAAGUACUUGCUUUCGAAAGGAAUUAAAUUGUGGACCUGAAAGAGGGAUUAAGAAUGGUUUCAUAGUUAUGUGGAACAAACAGUGCCUUCAAGACGUUAA